CAAUGGUAAAUGAAGAGGGAUUCAGAGCCGCUGAUCCUUGUGCUGCUCCGCUUGAUCUGCCGCUGUCCUUGGUGAUGUACGGCCCAAUCCAAUUAGGUUUCACCUCUCUCUCGGUGAUGCGGUUUGUUCACCCCCCUUACCAACGUCUUCUCCUUUCUUUUCUUAACGCUGUGUGGCUCUGCAGUUCACUACAUGGUGAGCUUCUGCCCCUCAGCCCUGCUGUUAUUACUCAUCCGACAUCCGCAGGCACCCCAUCUCACCGUAUCAACAACAGAUGGAGCUUACACAGGGUUUGAUCCGCUUUUCUUACAACAGGAGCGACAACCCAGAGCACUAAUUUCUUUGCUUGUUAAUGUACAUUUUCUGGACGUUUAUUAUUUUUUAAGGAAAUGCGGAGCUUAUGUGCAACGGACGAGGGUGUUCACUAAACGCUUUGAAUCUCGAGCAUCAACAGGGGGUGGGAAUCCCGGAGCAUUACUCUCGUCUCCUAACAGACGAUUUCUUAUGCAAAAGGUGGUUUCUUUCAGCAAGUUUCAGCCAUGCAGGAACUUGUCUGAAGGGGACCCCCCAUAAAUUGUUAUUUUUUAUUUCUAAUUUAUUUUUCAAAUUAUUCUUUUCACCUGGAUAAUAUUCUACAUUUGUUUCGUUCAUCAUGGCUGAAAAGAUUACCUCUGGCCUGACAAAAAACACAUCCAGAUCAACGGCCUCUCUUCCACCAGAGCCGAUGGAAAUUAUUAGGACAAAGUCAUGCUCUCGGAGAGUUAAAAUCAAUGUUGGGGGACUCAAUCAUGAAGUUCUUUGGAGAACUUUGGAUAGGCUUCCUCGAACCAGAUUAGGAAAGCUGAGAGACUGCAAUACACAUGAAACCUUAAUGGAAAUUUGUGACGAUUAUAACUUGGGUGAAAAUGAAUAUUUUUUUGAUCGACACCCAGGGGCAUUUACAUCCAUCCUUAAUUUUUACCGGACAGGAAAGUUACAUAUGAUGGAGGAAAUGUGUGCACUGUCAUUUGGUCAAGAACUUGAUUACUGGGGCAUUGAUGAGAUCUACCUUGAAUCGUGUUGCCAAGCUAGGUAUCAUCAAAAAAAAGAGCAGAUGAAUGAAGAGAUGAGGCGGGAGGCAGAGACUUUGAGGGAGCGGGAAGGAGAGGAGUUCGACAAUACAUGCUGUGCUGAUAAGCGAAAGAAAUUGUGGGAUCUUCUGGAGAAGCCCAAUUCUUCAGUGGCUGCUAAGAUCUUGGCUAUAAUAUCCAUUUUGUUUAUCGUUCUUUCAACCAUUGCACUGUCCCUUAAUACGCUUCCAGAACUUCAAGAAACAGAUGAGUUUGGACAAGCCAGCGACAACCCACAGCUGGCACAUGUUGAGGCAGUUUGUAUUGCAUGGUUUACCAUGGAGUAUCUUCUUCGCUUCUUGUCAUCACCCAACAAAUGGAAGUUCUUCAAAGGCCCCUUAAAUGUCAUAGAUUUAUUGGCUAUUUUGCCAUAUUAUGUCACCAUUUUCCUAACUGAGUCUAACAAGAGUGUGCUUCAGUUCCAGAAUGUGAGGCGUGUCGUCCAGAUAUUUCGUAUCAUGAGGAUAUUGAGAAUUCUGAAAUUAGCAAGACAUUCUACAGGAUUGCAGUCUCUAGGAUUUACACUUCGUAGAAGUUACAAUGAACUGGGCUUGUUAAUCUUGUUUUUAGCAAUGGGAAUUAUGAUAUUUUCCAGCCUGGUUUUCUUUGCAGAAAAGGAUGAAGAUGGUACCAAGUUCACCAGCAUUCCUGCAUCUUUUUGGUGGGCCACAAUCACCAUGACUACUGUAGGUUAUGGUGAUAUAUAUCCCAAAACACUUUUGGGAAAAAUAGUUGGUGGACUUUGUUGUAUUGCAGGGGUGCUAGUGAUAGCCUUGCCUAUUCCAAUUAUUGUAAACAAUUUCUCUGAGUUUUACAAGGAACAAAAGAGGCAAGAAAAAGCCAUUAAGAGACGAGAAGCACUGGAAAGAGCAAAGAGAAAUGGGAGCAUUGUUUCAAUGAACCUCAAAGAUGCGUUUGCACGCAGCAUGGAACUUAUGGACAUUGUGGUGGAAAAAAAUGAAGACAUUAAAAAUAAUAAAGCCCAAGACAACCAUCUUUCACCAAGUAAAUGGAACACAGCCAAGAGCACAUUAUCUGACAAUAGUUCUAACAAGUCUUUUGACACUAAAUACCAAGAAGAAGUUAAUGUUGAGUUAAAAGAUUGUCUGACAAACCCUGUAGCAAGCCCACAGCAUCUGAAUGCUCAAAAGCUGGAGGAAAUCUAUAACCAAAUGACAAAAACACAAUCCAGUCCUAACCUAAACACUACAGACAAAGAUAAAACUAAUAAAUCACUGCCACUACAAUUAGAACUUGAAAUGGAACCAGUUCCAGGCCCAGCAGAUCCAUUGUUAAUGGAACACACAGCCACAGGUAUAACUGACAUGCGGAGCAUUUCCAGCAUAGAUAGUUUUACCAGCUGUGCCACUGAUUUUACUGAAACUGAAAGGUCACCUCUUUCUCUAAUGACCGGUGGUUUCUUGCAGGCAAGGUUUGCUGGUGUUCCUUCACCUCUGGAAGGAAUUCCUUCUAUGACCCAUGUUGAACUAUCAAAUCAUGCAAAGAGCAGACAAGGUUAUGUCAAUAGGAAUGACACUUAUGAACUGACUGAGCUGAACAGUGCCACUGGCAUUGAAGACAACAGUGCGUUUUUACGCCAAGUUGAAAAUAUCCGAAGCUCAUUUAAAAGCAAUCCAAUGAAAAACAGGAGUCUAAAAGUAAAUUUUGUUGAAGGCGCAAGUAGUGGUCCACCAACGCCUCCAAGCACCACUAGACCAUUACCGGUGACCACAGCAGACUUACAGGCAUCACCUCCUCAGCAUAUCAGUACUAUCCUACUGGAAGAUAAUUCACCUCAGGGAGAGAGGCUAUGCAUUAGCUCUGAUAUAACAACUGUUAGAGAUUCACCACAGGGUGCAAAGAAAGGCUUUUUUGCUUUCCCCUCAAAAGCAAUGAAGAGUUGCAUUGAGACAAAUAGUGCAGAAAAAGAUAAAAGUGCAGAGGACAGGGAGGUUAGUUUGCACAGCAACGAUCAGGAAGUUGAACUGAAUUGUUCCAAAGAAAACCAUAAGACGAAACAUCUCGUGGAAGACGUGGAAGCCGUAGGGCCUUCUUCAUCUAAAACAACUGGAAAUAACUGCACCCAAGGUGGUUCUCCCACGACGGGUGAGGAUAAAAAUGACAAUAACCAAAGUGAACUCAAAGUAGAAAAUCACAUGUUUACGCCUGAAAUCCAUCUAAGGUCAGAAGAAGGAGGUUUCCCUCCAACAUGUGAAACUAGCAUGUGACUAUUGACAUAAAUAUGAACCUGGGACUACAAAACAUGAGAAUAAUAGCACACACGUGUGCUGACAAGAGUGAUAUUUUUGCAUGGCAUGAGUCAUUUCAUUAAUCAUUAUCUCAAGAUAUAAGAGACUGCUUUUAUUUUUAUUUUAUUUUGGCAGACAACUGACUUGAGACAUAAUGAAACAUAUUAAAAGGCUCUGUUUAGAGCACACAUGUAGCAAUCUGACAUUUGUAAUCAAAAUGUAAAUGUAACCUUUUAUUAUCAUAUUUUGGUAGAUAAUGAAAUGCACAAAAGAUGGACAAAUCUUUAAUGCAUGUCUUUAAAAUUGUACAGUUACUUAACGGUGCUUAGAGUUUGCAGAAUGCAUUUAUUUGUAAAUAGAUCUGGGGAAAAGCAAUGACAAUGCAACUCGAGGUAACAAAAACACAUCUUUUUUUGGAGUGCCGGCAUUUUUGUCUCUGUUCGUUGAAUGGCUUUAACAGAUCCCUGUUAAAAAAGUACAACCAAUGAAAAAAGUUACAUAUCAAUAAGGUGAUGAAGUAAUGAGGCUAAAGUGCAGCUGAGAAUUUCUUUUUGAUUUAGAAGUACUUUUUACAUCAGUGUAUAAAAAUUAGCAUUGUUAUAGGUGUAAUGACCAUAAAUAGAUUUUGUUAACCGAAAUAACUGUGUUACAUACCUUUAUAUUUCAUUCAGCACUUCUAGUUGCCAAAAACAUGAAUCAGGAGAGGAAUACCAGAAAUAUGAUGAUGUCAUAAUUGUCUACACAAGUGCAUUACCGCCAUGUGAUUAUUUUACAAGUCAAAGACCUUGGGUAUGAUAGACAAUUCACAUCAAAAUGUAGUGAUAUUGUUUGACCAGAUGAAGAUUGUACGUAUACUUGCAUUAUAAUUGGUUUUCAAAAGCCUAUAGAGUCAAUAGAACACGAUUUCAUUCAUACAAUAUAACUGCUUAUAUCAAUUGAGCAAAGAGAGACUGACUCACUGGCUCAGGGUCAGGCAUUUCAUAUGCAAGUGAGUAAAGGUGCAAGAUGAGAGUAGCAUAAGGGUUUCUUUGGGACUAAUGAUGCCCUGAUUUAUGCUUUAGUAUUGUACAUUCCUGGAACAGCUGGAUAUGGCUGUGUCCAGUUUUUAGCAUGGUUAAGUAAUAUGAAAUUGUUAAUCAUGGUAUUUAUGGUGUUCUGUACUGUACACCAUAUUGUAAAGUAGAGCAACAUCACAAAAAUCUAAUAUCCACUGAUUUAUGUAACGUACAUUCCGGUUCCUUAAAAAACAACUGAGCAUCUUCCAAAGGACUUUGUUGGUGUCCAAUAUUGGAAUACUCUAUUACUAUAUAGGUACGGAUGAUCCUGUCACCAAAAAUGUGUUCCAUUUUUGAAAAUAGACAAUCCCUAGUUAAUUCUCGUAUAUUUUUAAGAAAAGAUCCUUGAAUGGAUGUAGCAGGUUCAGAUGUCCAUAAGGUAGAUUAGAAAAUGUAAUAAAAAGUAUGGUAAGUUAACAAUUAAGACUCUAUUUAUCUAUUUUUAAAAUUGUAGUUUUAACACUACAGCCAAACCUUAUUAACUCUGUUGGGGGUGUUCUCCUCCUAAAUGGUACAGUGGCUUCUAAUCUUAAUUUUAAGCCACCAAAAAGCUGAGUGAAGGAAUGUGUGUGAGCACAAAACAAAUUUUUGUGAAAUCUCACUGCAAAACUGAGGAUAGUUUUUGCUUCUUCUGUUGAGGCCUAAUUACGCAGUGAGUUCAUUAAAGUUAAUAAGUGUCUUGCUAGAAAAUCUUACAAACAGCAGUAGCACGUUGUAACAUAAGCAAGUACAAGCAAAAAAGACUGCAUUUUUUUCAACAGGAAACUACAAAGAUCAACACUUUAGACACAGUCCUAAAGUCUUAUAUUUAUUUUAAUACAAUAUCUGAAAGCAUUAUAUCAAGACCAUCUCUCUUAGACAUUUUAAUCAUUAUUAAAUUAAAUCAAGUGUCAUCGGGACAAAAGUGCCUUGUUUUAACUAUUCACCCUCAAACAGAAAAAAAGUGGUUAUAAAUUGUUCAGAUCUGUUUUUGACAAUGUUCCUCUACUCUUUAUGACUUGUAGUAGAAUGGAUGUGAGGCAAUUGUCAGUUUUAUCAGCAGAGACUACUGUCUCUACAAGCAAGACUACAAGCAAAAGUAUCGGAUUUAGUGGCUUAUAGGUAACAAACAUGCACGACAAAAUUAUAACAAACAAAUGAUUUGUAUUAAUUACCAGCUUACUUGCGUUAUCUGAACUUUCUCUGAGGAAAUCCAUUUUCUCUCUAAAAUGCAUGUCACCGUUUUGCUUGAAAUAACUGAGUACUACAUAAAAUGUGGCUAUCAUUACACCUCAUUUGCACUCACUACUGCUGGUCUCGAAAUUACUACAUGAAUCGAAUUGCAAAUCGUAACUGAAAUGUCUGGUCAUUGAUUCCUAGACUUGUUAUAUUUUGUUUUCUUUCAAAAAACGUGGCAAGGCGGUGUAUUUGCACACAAGUGUCUGAAUUGAUAAGUGUAGAGAAAAUAGUUCUCCUUUAUUUUUAUUUCUGAUUUGAACUCUUUUAACACUUAAAAGCACCUAGUCUAUGUGAAGAUGUGGUUCAUUUAGAUUAAUAUCCAGCCAUUGCCCUAUGCACUUAUGUAAAAACACAAUUCUGUAUAGAGAUAAUGUAUGUAAUGUUCCACAAAACUCAGUGAAAUGUCAUUUCCUAUUUUCAUUUGCCAUUUUUUUAUUUUGUCUUUUUUGGUGCUGCUUUAAUGGUGAAAGAUGACUCAUUAUUUUUGGAAAACUGAAUUCUGGCACCUUUGUGUUAUUUUCUGUUUCCUAUUGAAAUAUUUCAAUGUUUGCCUUUUAGUUAUAAUAGAUGAUGAUUAUGUAUUAAAAAUGCUCUCAGGCUUAUAUAAAUGUUCACAAAUUUCAAUGUUUCAUAGAAAAAAAAAUUCCUCCCUUAUCUUGUAUAAAAACUGUCAAGAGAUUUCUAAUCUAUGCAGUGAAAUGAUUGUAGUCUACUAGUUUUUGAAUGCUGCACAGAAAGAUUUGAUUUCUUGUUCUUUAUAGUUUUCUAUUUGAAAAUGCAACUGAUAAAUAAAAAGCAAUGAAUAAUAGUUAAUAUUGUGGAAUGGAAAAGCAAUGCCAUUAAGUUACAAAUGCAGCCCUCCAUUAUUAGUUUUUGAAAAGCAGAUUUAAAUUGGAAUGCCGUGUGUAUGGUAUGGAUGCAUAUACUAUACAUUUAUAUACAACAUACAGCCUAAUUCAAACAUAGCAUAACAAACCAUUUUUUCUCUGGGGGAAUAGAAGUCUACCUACCUACAGUACAUGCCAUUGCGUGUGCUGCAAAGAUGUCUAAUGUAAUCAUGUAUUCCGUCUAACACUGUUUUACAAAAAGCAAUUAAGUGUAUCAAAAGAAAUAAGGCACACUCCAUCGUUCAUUGUAAUAUGGUCAGCACUUAUGAGCACAAUGUUCAAACAUGAAAAGAGUUCAGUCAGCUUCUUCCUAAAUGACGGAGAUGACGAAUUGUGCAUUGUGAGCAGGUGUCAAAUAUUAAAUUUUGUAUAAACUUUUGCCUGCUAUUUCAUUAAAUCUCUUCCUAUACUAAGACUUUCAUUAUUAGCAGUAGCAACUCUGCUAGGAUGGGACAAGUGGUGCUUUUGCAACAUGUACUUUGAAGCCCUAAAGACACUGAAAGUCUCUUUUAAGGAUUUACAGAGUUGUAUACAAAAGCUAAUAUUUACAGUAUGUGCUCUGUUCUCCAUGAUCCCAGUGGGUCAAUAUGGUUUUCUUUUUGCCUGCUGUUUUUAAGCGUUUCUUCUCUGUGAUCUGUGCACAGAUGCUGACUGCAUUCUUUAUCAAUGAAGUCUUACUGGUAAGUGAUACACUAAGCUGCUGCUCAGUAAACAAUACACAGUGAGCAUUUGUGUUGCCACAGUUGUCUCAUCAUGCUAAUUUCAGUCUAUAAGUGCAUACAGUACAGUUAGUUAUAUAUAUGCACACAUACAAGGAUUAUCGUCAUCUGAUUUAAUCUGUGAACACUUCAUUGAGACAUGGAAGGUAGCUUCUCUAACAAUAAGUCUAACUUGCACAUCUGAACGUUUAAAGUCAUAAUAAAACUGACCACAAUAUUACUUUCAAAAUGUUGUUAUGAAAAUGAUUGCAUUAUGAAUUAUUGCAUUUUUUUUUCCAGAACGUUAAAAUGUGUCCAUGUGAUCCUGCCAAAUAGUACUUAAAAUGUAUUGUGCCUUUCCAUAAAAUGUGAUUUAUGAAAAGGCUAAAAAAAGCGUGGCUUUCUCUGAAUAACAAAUUAUAAUUUUUUAAGGAGAAAUCAGCUGUCCAGGGAGGUUGUUCAAAAGAGAAAAAAGAAGUGAAUGUAUUCUCAGGGUAUGUAUAUAUUAUGGGGGUCAAAUCUGUCAAAAGAAAUGUGUGAUUUUGUUUUUAAUUUAUAGUCUAUUACAAGACGCACUCUUAAAUGUCAUCAGUAUAAUUGCAUAUUUUUCAAUGUCAGGAUGAUCAAAGUUUCCGAAAUUAAGCAAAAGCUGUAGCAGCAAACAGAGCGCUCUAUGCUCUUUAGAGAAGAUUGUUAAGGCUAAUAUUCACUAACUCAUAAUUAUUUUCAUCUGACAGUAUUGUAUGACAAAUAGAAAAGAAAGAAAAAUCUGAACUUUGAUAUGCCAGAUCUUUUUUUUUUGUUUGUUUAUUUGUUUUUAUUUUUCAUUUAAAUAACAUAUAAUGUCAAUGGUUUUAUCUUCCCACUACCCCUGGUAGAAUGACAUAUCUUCUAAGAUUAAGAUAUGUCUUCUUAAAAUAUUAAAAUAUUUUCUAUUUAUCUAAUAGAAGUGUUUGUUUAAGGUCUCGAGUUCAUUCCAUUUUCACUAUAAAAGUUAAGGCUUAAUUGUUAGCAUUCUGUCCACCUUCUAAUGGAAUUAACCGAUGCUUAAAUGGCAACCAUAAACCUUCUGCUAGUAUGAAAUGUCAUUGAUAUUAAAAAAAGCAUUCAGCCUCAGAAACAAGCUUCAUUAGGUCAGUUACGCAGCUCACUUUAUUAAUUCUGUUUUCCUCUUCAAAGAUUAGUAAAAAAGGGAAAGAGCUGUAUUUUAUAAAUCUAGUUACAAGUUUCAUAUCAGUAUAAGCACUUCAAAAUUAUGACAUCUUUGUCCAGUCUUUACUCACAAUAUAAUAAUGGCUAUUGAUAAAAACGUAUUUAUAAUUUAAUUACAAUAUAAGAUUCAAGCAAGUGUACAGUACAGUAUGUAAGAGUGUAUACUCUUCUGUGGGUCUUGGUCUCUAGUGGGUAUAUUUAAAUUGCUGUGCAAUCAUAAGACAGAAGGGACAAUACAACAAAUGUUGUACACUGGGAUAUCUGGAUUGGGUUUCUUCCACAGGAACGUUUCAUAGGAAAACUUUUAUCACUUAUUAUGCUUUUGUUCAUCUAGUAUCAUUUUUUUAUGUUGUCAUUAGAACUGAUCCAUUACAAGCAAUGCUGAAAUUAAUAAAUGGUGUUCAUUCUCAUUUUUCAAUGAUCUUUUGCAUAAUACUGAACAGUACAUAUUCUGUCAUGUAAUUUGCUUUCCUGCAGACUAUUUCUGUAACAUUCAGCAUCUUUGUAUGCACGUAUUAAUGUGUUAUAUCAUGUGACACAAAAUAAUUGUCUAUUUUGUUCGACUGUCUGUAAAGAUUAACAGCAUUGUUCCCCAUAUUCUCUGUUAGAAUAUGCAGGAUUACAAAUAAAUGUAUAUAUGAAUCAUGUAUUUCAUGUUCCUCCAUAUGUACUCAUUCUUCAUUUUCCAUUAAAUGUAAGAUUCACUGUG